GCCUCCUGAAAGAGUGAGGCUCUUGAGAGAGGCACCUGCAGGACCCAGAUUCAGCCCCUGAGACUUGUAAACCAGAAGCUUCACUCAGGCGGGGAGGUCUUACAGAACCACCAACUAUGCUAAGCAGAAGCCAGCUACCUUGGCUUGCUCUAAUUCUUACAGUGGCGUCCACGGCUGUGAUUACCCUGAAUACAUCAAAGAUUACUUGCCUUUUAAUCAAGCAAAAUGGUAACAUUUCAAGAUCAUCAGAAUCCUCAGCUUCUGAUGAGAACCAAGAUAAUGCUGAAGACCUUGGAUGUUACAUGAAUUCUGAAAGUCCUGGGAAUAUCUAUGAAGCAGCAAGACCCAUUGAUGUUGAUGUACUUGAAAAUAUUGAAAUAAAAGUAAUAAUAAAUAUAUCAGAAAGCAUCAUCUGUCUUUGGGUGUUUAAAGAGAUCCAGGUUGACUGUAAAUCCUAUCUGGACUCAGAGAAUCGGCAUGUCGUUUCAGUGGAGUUUCCAAAGAUCAGAUAUAUGCAUGCUGGAAAGCACAGGCUGUCAAUUAAAAUGGAAACUAGUAACUACACUGUAACAUUUACAUUUAACAUAAGAAGAAGCCCAAGAAAGCCAUAUUUUAUAGCAAAUGAACAUUCAAAAACUGUAACCUGUAUGUCAGAAGGGCACCCUGAACCAACUCUCAAAUGGUCCUGUAUAUCUGAGCAAAGCUGCGAGAGAUUGAAUAUCAAAGAAAAUGAAAGCAAGUAUGGAACACAGAAGGCACAACUUGACUUAGAGGAUGAAGAGUUGCUAUUUGUCCAAAAUGUAUCAUGCUGUGCAACUAAUGAGCUGGGCCAAGAAUGCAGUGAACUCCAUACAAUUGAUCCAAGUGUCAGUCUAGCAUCAGGAAGCCCCUUGCAAGAGCUCAUUUUCAGAGCUGGAGACCCACUCUUCUUAAGAUGUCGAGCUCGUGGCACGAAUUUCAACUUUGCAAAUCAGUGGUAUUUCCAAAACAAAAUAUUAAAUGAGAACAUGACUAUUGAAGGAAGUCACGGUCGGCGCCCAUGUUUUAUUAGGAAUCUGUAUGCAUUUGCUUCAUCAGUGGGACGACAUAGUCAAGGAUAUUAUACCUGUUCAUCAAAUAAACAUGGAAAUCGGACUGCCUUGGUCACAGUUGUGGAUAAGGGGUUCAUCAAUAUCACCGAUACAAAGGAAGGUUUUCGAAUUGGUAUGGAGGAAAACACUUGCCUUGAAGUUAAUCUUAUAGCAUAUCCACCAAUUAGGUGCAUUUGGAUAUUUUCCCAAAAGUCAUUUCCUUGUAAACAAAACCGCACAGAUGUUUUCAGCAUCUCUUCAACCUUCUGUGACCAUAAACACCAACCAGGAGAAUACGUGUUCUAUGCAGAAAAUGAUGAUCUCUAUUUGGAGAGAACCUUGAAACUCUAUGUGAAAAGAAAACCUGAAGUAACAAUCAACAAAACAGGAAGUCAAAUUUCUUGCACCUCUGAGAGCUCUCCUGAAUCAUCUUUGGUCUGGAAGCAGUGUACUGGAGAGCACGGGAAAAAUUGUACAGAAAUCACAAAAGGAUUUUCAGACAACAGGCGUGAAGGAAAAACCUUUGGUUUCUCAAUCACCAACAGCAUUUUAAACAUAACAGUAGCACAAAGAGGAUUUGUUCUUCGUUGCUGUGCAAACAAUUCCGUUGACAUAUCCUGCCAAACAAUCUCCCUGAAUCCAAAAGAUCCAGAAGAGGUCGUAAUAAUUGUUCCAUCAGACAAUGUUGCAUUAUAUGCCAUUAUUGGAGUCUGUAUUCCAGGCAUCAUGCUCUUGUUCAUCUUAAUAUGCUAUAACUACAAAAAGCAAUCCAGAUAUGAAAGGCAACUGCAAAUGAUACAGAUGGUUGGUCCCUCUGAUAAUGAUUAUAUCUAUGUGGAUUUCAGCGAGAUUGCCUAUGAACCCAAAUGGGAGUUUCCCAGAGAAAAUCUGGAAUUCGGGCAAGUACUUGGUUCUGGUGCCUUUGGGAAAGUGGUGAAUGCUACAGCAUAUGGAAUCAGUGAAACGGGAGUGUCGGUCCAAGUUGCUGUCAAAAUGCUGAAAGAAAAAUAUGGCGCUUCUGAAAAAGAUGCUCUAAUGUCAGAACUCAAAAUGAUGACUCACAUUGGAAGCCAUGAAAACAUUGUGAAUCUGCUCGGAGCCUGUACCGUGUCAGGGCCUAUUUACUUGAUUUUUGAAUACUGUUGCUACGGAGACCUUUUGAACUACUUGAGAAGCAAAAGAGAGAGAUUUCACAAGACAUGGAUCGAUGUUUUCAAACAGCACAACUUCAGCUUUUACCACAAUUUCCCAGGACUGCCAAGCUCAAGAAGUGGAUCAUACAUCCCAGCAGAUGUCUUUGGAAACAUGCAUGAGAAACAUGACUUAGAGUCUACCUUUAAGUCGUAUAGGAUCGCCCUGGCUUCUGAGCAUGAGAACAUAAAGUAUUUAAACAGAAUGGAUCCUGAAGAGGACCUCAAUGUGCUGACAUUUGAAGACCUUCUCUGCUUCUCAUAUCAGGUUGCCAAAGGAAUGGAGUUUCUGGCAUCCAAAUUGUGUGUUCACAGAGAUCUUGCUGCCAGGAAUAUACUGGUCACUCACGGGAAAGUGGCAAAAAUCUGUGACUUUGGACUUGCCAGAGAUGUUAUGAAUGACGCGAACUAUGUUGUCAGAGGGAAUGCUCGAUUACCUGUCAAGUGGAUGUCCCCUGAAAGCUUAUUUGAAGGAAUAUACACCAUUAAGAGUGAUGUCUGGUCUUAUGGAAUCUUACUGUGGGAAAUAUUUUCUCUUGGUGUCAAUCCAUAUCCUGGGAUCCAAGUUGACACAAACUUCUACAAGCUAAUUCGAAGUGGAUUUAAAAUGGAUCGGCCAUUUUAUGCUACAGAAGAAAUAUAUUUAGUGCUGUGUUCCUGCUGGGCUCUGGACUCCAGAAAAAGGCCAUCCUUCUCACAGCUGCUGUCCCUUCUGGCAUGCCAGCUGGCUGCUGCAGAAGGAGUCUUAAGCAUGCCGGACUAUGGAGAGUGAUGUUUCUGAACACAUCUAUUUCCAAACGUAAUCCUCAUCGGAUAAGGGAAGCUGAGCCUUCAGCUCACCAUUCCAACUCUGGAUGAAGAUGCUUCAAGGGAGAAAUAAUGCAGGAUUGUUACUUUGUAUUUUUAAAAGCCGUAUAAGCUAAAGGAAUCAAAAGAGGGGUUUUUCCUUUCCUAAAAGGGAACAAAUUAGCUGCUACUGUCCGUGACUUUCUUGUGCUCAGCUCCAUCCAACCUUGGCUUUGGAAAAUGAAACUUGCUCACAAUCCGCCUUUUUCAUUUUGAGGCGGGGCGGGGUCGGCAUCACUUUAACCUGGGGUCUGCUGGUCUGUUGCAGGCGUUGUGUGCUCAUUUUAAGCCAUUGAACUCUUGAGUUCAGGUUGCAACUAAAGUCAGACAUUCCCAUUAAGUUCUGGUUAGAGAGAGACAUGAUUGUGUACAAGAGAGACGUAAGGAGUUCGUCUUAUUUGCGACCCAAAUACUCCAAUUUAAGAGUUUUAGGACCAUGCUGCUGACAUCUGCUCUUUUAGUCAUUUAAUUAGAAAUGCUUGGAUUGGGACACCCAGAGCACUGCACUAACACAUCAGUGCUGGGUUGCGCCAACAACAGGUUGGAAGGCUGAGGGAAAGAGUAGCAUUUGUUAGAUGACCUGGGGGAUAAACUGCGGACCACACAAAGCUUUUGUGCUGUUUUGUGGCAAGGCUUAAAAUGGACGUUGAUGGCCUAUUGAGAUGCUAGAGCUGGGCUGCACAACAUUGGCUCUCCUACAGAUGCUGGACUACAACUGCCAUCAUCCCUGACUCUUGUCUUGGCCACUAUGGCUGGGGAUGAUAGGAGCUGUAGUCCAAAACCAGCUGAAAGACUGAAGUUGUGCAGCCCUGUGCUGAAGGAAGUAAAACCUGCCCUCUUGCCACUAGUCCUAUUCAGACAUCACAUUGGGUCUGUUUUGAUGAAUGAUGUAUAAGCUUUCAUUUUCAAAGCAAAGCUGGUUACAAGCCACCUCAAAUGCAGGAUAUAUAGAUAGGAAGUCUGCUAGUGUAUAUGCAUUGAGCAGAACUCUGUGAUCUUCCAUUAUUUUUUCAAGUGGGGGCCACUUUGGCAAAAAGCCUUCAAUGGGAGAGCCAUUUCCCACUGUGGUGACCUCUGCACAGUACUGCACUUUGUCAGUGCGGGGAAGACCUUAAAGAAAGACGGAUCCCCCUCUUAAGAAUGCUAGGAGGAAAGCACUGAGAGGGGCUGCACUUCCCAGCACUUUGUGCAUGCCUUCCAAGAUGGUGCAGAGGCUCAAGAGGGCUCCGUUUUGCAUUACAGAGCUCCACCAGCACUGGGGGAAGUGCAGCACUGCGACAUGAAAAUGAUGGUCUCCACAUGAUGGCACCAAGGGGAUUGUGUAGAGCAGGGAUUCUCAA